AAUGGUAUGGGCUGAUCGAUCCCACGGAGAAAAUCGAGGAGACACUCCCCACUCAUUGCUCUUCGAAGUACUAUCCCACCAAGAUGGGCGAAGUUCUGAACAAUCGUUAUCAGAGUACUACAAAGAUCGAUUAUGGCGUGGCAUCCACAGUCUGGCUUACCCGUGACUUGAGGUAUGCCAGCAGUGCAUCCCAAUACGUUGUUUUGAAGAUUCAUACUCAUGGUUCCGAGAGAGACCAUGAGCUAAAUGUCUAUGAGCACAUAAAUUUAAUCCAAACAGAUCACCCCGGAAAAACUUACAUACGCAAACUCUUGGGUCAUUUUUACACAAAGGGUCCCCAUGGCCGGCACUCAUGUCUUGUUCACCACUCGGGAUGA